CUUUUUAGUUCGUUUACUCUAGAGUCUGAAAACUCUAAAUUACAWUGACCUCAGGCAACUCCAUUCCAUGACAUAGGAAGGGAAGGACAUGGAAGAUGAUACCAAAGGAAAGACAACAAAGCCUCAAGAGGGUGACGAGGCUCCAAAUAAACGAGAGGAAAAUGAGAUGAGUGCAUAUUUGCAGUCUGCAAGAGAUUCCAUCAACAACUUGCAAUACGACAAAGCAUUGCAUUAUGGCCAGAARUGCAUUCAAAUGGCAAAAGAAKCGAACGACAAGAAGACAGAGAUGGRUGGAUACUUUGAAACUGCACGAGCUUCAAAUUCAUUAAAUCAACACGAAAACACGUUAACGUUUUGCAAGGACGGAAUUGCCGCUGCAAAGGAAAUUAAAGACAAGCAAGUUGAGAUAGAAUUGUCAAUACUCCUAUGCAAUGCACACUUGGAAUUAAAACAAUAUAAUGAAGGSAUUGACAUUGCCAAAGAUGUAGUUAACAUGGCGCAGGAACUUGGUAAUAAUGACMAUGCUGAAAUGACAGCCUGCUUAGGAAUUGCCCAAGCAUAUAAAAUGAUGAAACGCUUUCGUGAUGCAAUCCAAUAUGGCAAAAGGGGUCUUGGCUUAGCAAAGAAAAUUGGUGACAUAAACAACGAGCUAAACGCCAGCAUAUUAGUUGGGCUGGUGUACGUCUAUCUGCGUCAACAUCUGGACUCAAUURUGCACUACACUCGUGCYCUUGAAAUAGUCAAAGAAUCUGGUAAUCAAUAUUUGGAAAUGAACAUUUCAAUAGGACUCUGUUCGUCUUAUCUUCAAGUCCAUCAAUAUGAAAAAUCGAUUGAGCAUGGCAAGAGAGGUUUGGUGCUGGUCAAAGAAACUGGCAGCACAAUCAAGGAAAUGAGAGCAAGUCGAGAGCUCGGACUAGCGUAUUAUUCCCUCGAUCAAUAUGACAGCGCCAUUGAGCAUUCGAAGAGAAGUCUUGAACUAGCCAAGGAAAACGGUGACCAAUGGCAUGAAAUGGAUGCAUUUCUUGCUCUCGGAAAGAUAUAUUACAAGCAGGAAAAAUAUGCUGAUGCCAUCGAUAAUUGCAAGAGCUGCCUUGAAUUAGCCAUCACCGCAAACAACCGAGAUAUGGAGGAAGACGGAUCUUUUACACUGGGAAAGUCAUAUGUCUCUUUAAAACAAUAUGCUGAAAGCAUUCCAUGUUUCAGAAGGAGCCUUGAAUUGGCUCGGAUACUUGGAGGACAAGACGAAGAGCUAGCGUCAUCCUUUAAACUCGGACAGUCACUAGACAGGCUAAAACAACACAAUGAAAGUAUUGAGCAUUUCAAGAGAUCUCUUGAAAUCGCGACAAAAAUGGGCGACAAAAAUCAAGAAAUUAUAGUUUUGCUGGCCCUUGAGAAGUCACACGAGUCAUUGGGAGAGUACAAUGAAAGCAUUGCCUAUUCCCAAAGAUGUCUCAAGAUAGCACAACAAAUAGGUGAUAAAGAAAAUGAAAUGGAAGCAUAUUAUGAACUGGGACAUACUUAUGAAUUGAUGARGAAAUUUUCUCAAUGUAUUGAGUGCUACACGAAAUCCAAAAAAAUUGCAGUCGAAAUUGGAAACUCAACAUGGGUCUGGACUAAUUCCUUGGCAUUCCGUUGUCUAUCUCAUUUGCUGCGUCAGCCUGAAAAUAUUAUUGCUUAUAAUAAAGAAUGCCUGGAAACAGCCAAAGAAAAWGGUGACAGACAAGGUGAACUAACGUCCUAUGCAAAGAUUACACAUGCGUACCAUUCACUGAAACAAUUUCCAAGUGCGAUUGAGUUUGGUCUUAAAAUGAUUGAACUAGCCAAGGACAUUGGUAACAAGGACAGCGAAAAAGAUGCAUAUUUCGCACUUGGCAGUUCAUAUUUAUCAUUAAAUGAAUACCGAGAAGCUACUGUCAUUGGCGAGAGUUUGCUUGAAUAUUCCAAGGAAACUGGUGACAAACGAAGUGAGUCAUUUGCACUUUGCUUACUUGCAAAGGCMUAUCAGUCACUUGAACAAUACAACGAUGCUUUUUUGAAUUGGAAAAAAUCUUUCGAAUUAGCCAAAGAAAUGGGUGAACAGAAAGAGCAAAUAGUUGCCUCUUUGGCUCUGGGGGAGAUCAGCGUUUCUCUGAAGAAAUACGAGGAUGCUGAAUACUACCAAAAGAUUUCCCUCGGCAUAGCUAAAUCAUCUGGUGACCAGGAAGCUGAGAUCAGGGCUUGURUAGCMCUAGCAAAUACCUAUGAAAUGGUAMAUCAGUACGCGGAUGCUAUUGAAUAUGGUAGUAGAUGCCUUAAGAUAUCUCAAGAAACAUCCAACAGUGUAGGAGAAACACUAGCAUAUCUAUCCCUUUCUUCUACGUACCACUCAAUGCAGCAAUACAAAAAUGCUAUCUCACAUGGWCUUAAAGGUCUUGAAAUAGCAGAGAAAACUGGAGAAAAAACUGGAGAGGCAUCUUCGUGCUUGAUUCUCAGUGAAACUUACUACGCGAUGAAACAAUAUCAGGAGGCCGUCACGUAUGGCAAGCGCUGCCUUGACAUAACACAAUCGACUGGAGAUAAACUACGUGAAAGGAAAGCUUUAUCACGAUUAGGAAUCAUAUUUUAUGAAUUGAAGCAAUAUGAGAAUGCUAUUCUUCAUCAAAAGAAGUCUCUUGAGAUURCAMAGGAGACCAAUGACGUUGAAAACGARRUCUGGGCGUGCUAUCAUCUAGGACUAAAUUUCCACUCGCUUCUUCAGAAGGAGAGUGCUAAGGUACAUUUUAAACAAGCCAUUGAGGCAUCAUUAGAAGCAAGAAAUAAAGGUGGRGAGMUCMUGUCCURUUUAUCACUCGGCGACGUCUAUARAUCAAAYGAUGAACUUUCUCAGUSUAUYUCWUAUUACAACAGAGCCCUACAGAUAUCGGAGCAAAUAUSUCACAAGACAUGCGAAAUGAUGAUCUGUUUAYRUCUUGAAAUGGCCCACGACGAAUCWCAGCAGUAYYAMAAGKCUGUUACUUAYGGWAAAAGAUGUUUGAAGACUGCAAYGGAAACUGGCAACAAGUAYCUUGAGCUCUUGGCCUGUUUGGGGCUUGGGAAKACAUACAACUCAUUAAAUCAAUAUGCAGAUGCUAUUGAAGUCAGCAACCAAGCCCUUGAACUAGCUAAAAAGACAAACAGUCGACAYAGUGAACCAGCUGCCUAUGGAGCACUUGGAAAAGCUUACAAGGSGUUAGGCCAGCAUGCUCAAUCCAUUGUGUYUUAUAACAAAGGUYUUCAGGCAGCUAAAAAGAUCGGUGACAGAGGAAAUGAAAGAGAAACUGGAAGACAGGUCAGAGAACUCUAUUACAGUUCCAGUAAAUAUGACGAUGCUCUGUUGCACGAUGACAUGUGUCUGGAAAGAGCAAAGGAGGAAGAUGACAUUGGUGGUAAAUUACAGACGUUCGUCUCCCCUAAAAGUGCGUUCAUAUCAAGAGAUCACAAUGCAAGUUUUAUACAUUGGAUAAAAUCAGUCAUGAACAAAGUCGAAGGAUGUACUUUCAAGGAUUUUCAAGUGUAUCUCGAGCUAACGUUCCUACAAGCUUUCGAUGACCUUAGAUGGAAGAAUUUGAAGUCGACUGCUUCAACUAAAGACGACGUUGUUUCACAGGCAGUCGAUCAGGAACCCUCUGACUCAGAUCCAGCUACCAAAAUUCAAGUCCUUAGAAGGCAAUCCGCAGACUAUGAACUUCGAGGUCUCCAUGACAAGGCAAUGGAAUGCCUUCAUCAGAUCAUAAGUAUUGACAUUGAAGGAUGCGAGGAAGUAAAAAAUGCUUACUGUCAUUCUCAAAUUGCUCGAAUUUACAAAUUGCGACAGAACAACGAGAAAGCUUUUGAGCAUUUCCAGCUUGCCCUCUCUUAUGCGCAACAGUGUUCUUUCAAGUUCCUAUCAUUUCACUGUCUUGAAUCUCUGGGCUCACUGCAUUUCAAGAGAGGAGAUCUAAAAAAGGCAAUAGAAAUCCUUGAAGAAGGUGUACAGGAGGCAGAAAUCUUGCUAAAACAGCUGCAGCUUUACCAAGAUGACAUGACAAGCUUCGUUAAAGAUGGGAAAAAGAUCGGCAUUUUCGAUUCGUUGGCAAGUUGCCACAGAAUGCUSUCAGAAGCUCUCAUYGGGACAGAAAAGUACGACGACGCGCUAAUGCAGCUUGAGAAUUGCCGAGGAAAAGUGCUGGUGGAAAGUCUAAUGGAGUCAUAUGGCAUGAAGCAGAAGGGUGGUGCUGGCARCGAAAAGCAGUUCAAGAAGUSUGAYAUGGAGGCAUUUCUCUCUAAUAACAAAAACACUAUUUUGUUUUACUUCGUCGGAAAUGACGGUCUGCAUUCAUUCAUUUGCGAGGACAACACACUACGCCUUUCCUCUCAGAAUCUURAAAACUGCACAAAUGGUUUUGAACAAUUUUCAAAGGACUUAUUCAAUGCCAUUGGUGUACGUGGGAUUGCUGAUUGCGAGAACAGGUGUUUGGACGACAUGCUUUAA